UGGGAAUUUGCACCUCCCCCCUUUUCUAAGCAUUGCGUCCGCCAACCGGAGCAUACAACUGCAAAAGGUAAACAAAUGCGCAUUUGAAAUCUGAAAGCUGGCUAAACAUUCACAUUAUAUAUGAUGGAAACGGAAAAUCAGAAAAUGCCAGUUAGCAUUGUUGUCCAUCGAUCAACUCACGGAGUCGUUCUUUUCAUUUAACGAAUUCACUUUGACUGAUUGUUGGAGGUAGUGGAUUUCGACAUACAUACAUAGAUCUCGGUAACCAGAUGGGAGGUACAACUACAGACAGAAUAGAAGGAUGCAUAAAGCAUGGACCAUGGGGUAGUUCACAGGGUGAAUAUUGGGUUUACAUGCCUGAAGAAGGCUAUAUUAAAAAGAUUACAAUCGUACAUGCAGGGUUUAUUGAUCGCAUUAGAUUUCAAAGCGAUUGUCAUACUCAAACAGGUGAAACUCAAACCUCCAUUUUCGGUGGCAAUGGUGGCAAGAAAACUGACACGAUUUGCAUUGACUACCCAAAUGAAUAUUUGACUUCAAUAAAUGGGACAAUUGAUAAUUCUGGAGGUUCUUAUUCUCCUCCUAUGCUGAUGUCUUUAAGCUUUCAUACAAAUCAGAUUCGUUAUGGUCCGUAUGGUAAUUCUGAUAAGGGCACCCCUUUCUCAUAUGAUGGUAAAGAUGGGAUGAUAAUUGGAUUUUAUGGACGUUUUGGCCAAUACAUUAAUGCUAUUGGGAUUUAUGUGAUUCCUAAAUCACUAUCACCAUCAUUAUCUCCAAACUCUGCUCCCAAAAACAAUUCCAAUUCCAUGCAUGAGUUGUGUUGUGAGAUGUCUGGAGUAGGAAUGCCAAGGGAGGCAGGACCUUGGGGGGCUGCUGGAGGUAAGCCGUGGGAUGAUGGAGUUUUCUCACAUGUCAAACAAAUACGUGUUUAUUUAGGAGAGUCUUUGAAGGUGAUUUAUGGUAUCCAAUUUGAAUAUGUUAAAAGAGAUGGUAAUUCCAUUUUGUCACAAAUGCAUGGAGGAACAUGUGGGGAUAAAACAGAACUGGUUGAUUUGGAUGGUGAGAAGGAGUAUUUGACUGGGAUAUCAGGGUUUUAUGGACCUGUUGUGGAGUUGGAUGGAUUGGAAGGGAUAACCUCCAUUACUAUUCACACAAACAAGAAGAUGUAUGGGCCUUAUGGACAAGAAAGUGGAGAAGGGUAUGUUUAUUUUACAUCAUCAUCAUCUCCAGGGAAGGUGGUUGGUUUUCAAGGCAGGAAUGGUGAUUUUCUAACUGCAAUUGGUGUUCAUAUGGAGUAUUUCUGAAAAUAUGAUGAUGGAAGAAGCUUUGACUUUUUGCUAAGAUAGUAAGAUGCAUGUAUUCAUCAAACUUGGAAUUUUUAACUAGUGAUGGCUAUAUAUAUGAUUGUCAUUUUAGGUUUUUAUUUUUUAUAUAUUUUUUUUUAUCAAGCACUCGUAGUGUCUAAAAUCGUAGUAUUUAAUAAAAUUAGAUCAUAAAACAUAUAAGAGAACAA